AUGAGUGGUCGUGGCAAAGGUGGCAAAGUUCGUAGUAAGGCUAAGACAAGGUCAGCCCGUGCUGGUCUUCAAUUCCCAGUCGGUCGUGUCCAUCGUUUACUUCGCAAAGGAAAUUACGCUGAACGUGUUGGAGCUGGUGCCCCAGUCUACCUCGCAGCAGUUUUGGAGUACUUGGCUGCUGAAGUUCUGGAGUUGGCUGGUAAUGCUGCUCGUGACAACAAGAAGACUCGUAUCAUUCCACGUCACCUUCAACUGGCCAUCCGCAAUGAUGAAGAGCUGAACAAACUUCUUGGUGGUGUGACAAUUGCUCAGGGAGGAGUGUUGCCUAACAUCCAAGCUGUUCUCCUGCCCAAGAAAACUGACAAGGUUAAGCCAUAA